AAAGCCAGUUUCCACAUUUUCACUUCACGUGUGCUGCGAUGAGUCAGUUUCGCUUUCAGCAUUAUUUCGAAGGAUGCCGGAAGUUGUUUUGUUGCCGUCAGUUUCGGUUACGCGCUGGCUGCUGCGCUGUCAUUCUAGACAACGGAAGAAAUUCUGGCAGGCAGUCAGCAUGUGAGGGGGUGGACAGGAUACCUGCGUGGAGUCGGUAUUUUCAUCUUCCUCGGUAGAUAUAAGGGGCGCACUCAAGCUGAUCCGAAGACAACACCAAGAAUGGACGACUGUCGUCAGCAAACGCUGCUGUUUACGUUCGGCGUGAUAGCUGACAUUCAGUACGCAGACAUCGACGACGGCUACAAUUACACUCGGACUCGUAGGCGAUACUACCGAAGCGGUCUCCAGCUCUUGAGAAAUGCUCGGAAAAGUUGGUCGGAAUCAGCUGUCAAGCCAGCAUUUAUUCUCCAGCUGGGAGAUAUUAUCGACGGCUUUAACAAGCCCAAGGACGCCUCGGAGCGCGCGCUGGACACCGUGCUGAGAGAGCUGAGCUCCUGCCCCGCGGAGGUGUAUCAUGUAUGGGGAAACCACGAGUUUUAUAACUUCAGCAGGAGCGCGCUGCUGCGUUCAAAGCUCAACAGCACGCUCCACACUGACAGGAGCAUGAGCACUGCCCCGGCCGGCUCCGGCAUAUAUGCUUACAGUUUCAGCCCUUUCCCCGGGUUUACAUUUGUUGUCCUGGAUGCCUAUGAUGUGAGCCUGCUGGGAAGAGAGAAGGCCAGUGAACAAUAUGUCGAUGCUAUGAAUUUGAUAAAGCAGUAUAACAAAAACGAAGAUCUCAACUGCCCUCCAGCAUUUAACAAUCUCACGCAGAGAUUCACAAUGUUCAAUGGUGGGUUCAGUAAGGACCAGCUGGACUGGUUAGACUCUCUUCUAUCAUCAGCUGAUGAGAAACAAGAAAAGGUCACAAUUGUCAGUCACCUCCCCAUCCACCCAGACUGCACAGACACCAUUUGCCUCGCAUGGAACUUUGAAGAGCUCCUGGCCGUCAUACGCUCCCACACCAGUGUGGUGUGUUACAUGGCGGGACACGCCCACGACGGUGGAUACUGCCAAGACGAAGAUACAGGAGUGCACCACCUGACGGUUGAUGGGGUGAUUGAGACACCACCUGACAGCAAUGCAUUCGCCACAGUCUCUGUAUAUGGAGACAGGAUGGAGCUGAAAGGAUACGGGAGUAUCACAGAUCGAGUGUUUCUGUUUCCAUCCAGACAAAAGGACACAUACUGUAAUUAAAGAAUCACAACUUUAUCACUUCUGUCUUGAAAAAGAAUUAUUGAAGAAUUAUUUCUUGUGUGAGUCCAGUCCACCAGUUAGUUAGUGAUACACCUAGGAACUAAUUUAGAAUUUUUUUGAAAGUGUCCUUUUGUGUUUAAUCACACCUGGAGCUGUGAUGGAACUGUUUGGAUUUUGAGAAAUGUUCUUCAGACUGGGAACUUGAAGGAUGUUUCGCUGAGGAAGUGGGAAUAUUAUGAGUACACCUUACAAGAAGAUAGUGUUCUCGCUGCUUUCCACUUUACAGCACUGAGCUUUUUAAGUUAUUUUCAAAUGGAAAAACACUGACAAAUUAGGAACUAUUUAAGGGAUUGUAAUAUGAUAAUAUGAAAACAGCAGCAUACUUUACAAAUACAGUAGCUCAGAUAUUGUAUUGACACUUAUGUUGUUUUUUAAUUUAUGACAGCGUGUGAAUGAUAACACACCAAAUUGGUGACAACACUUGAUUGAAAGUGUUUGAUUAAGACUGUAUGAAAUAAAGUGAAAAUAAAAACCUAUCUAUGCUCAGUGGAUAC